AAUAAUUCCUAAAAUGCAUUUGCCAUGAAAAAUAAUAAUAAUUUAAAAGCCUAUUUUUCCAUUUCAUGCCCAUCACAGAGAACCAAGAGCAAGCACACCUCCACACACAGAGAGAAGAAGAAGAAGAUGAUAUCGCUGAACCCUAUAUUGUUGCUGUUAAUUUCCGUGUUCCUUUUCAUAUUCUUCCUAUUCAAAUUCGUCACCGCUUAUGGCGACUUCACUUUGAUGUCUAAGAAGCAACCAAAACGUGAAGAAAUUGAAGAUAAGGUUGUCUGGAUUACUGGUGCAAGCCGUGGAAUUGGGGAGAUUCUAGCUAAACAGCUUGCAAGUUUAGGGGCCAAGCUAAUAAUCUCUGCAAGGAAUGAAGAUGAUCUAAUCCGAGUAAGGACACAGCUGAAAGGUAAGCAUGCACCUGAUGGAGUCAAGGUUUUACCAUUGGAUUUAUCGUCUGGAGAGGAUUCUCUUAGGCAGGCUGUUGAGAAAGCAGAAUCCUUUUUUCCGGAUUCUGGUGUUGAUUAUAUGAUCCAUAAUGCAGCUCAUGAGCGUCCUAAAACAUCAGUUUUAGAUGUAACUGAGGAAGGUCUUAAGGCAACAUUUGAUGUCAAUGUUCUGGGGACAAUAACUCUGACAAGGCUCUUGGCACCUUUCAUGUUGAAGAGGGGGAGAGGUCAUUUUGUGGUGAUGAGUAGUGCAGCAGGAAAGACACCAGCCCCAGGUCAGGCUGUAUAUUCUGCUUCUAAAUAUGCCCUAAACGGGUACUUCCAUUCUUUGCGUUCAGAGCUCUGUCGGAAAGGAAUCCAGGUCACUGUUGUCUGUCCUGGUCCGAUAGAAACAUCAAAUAAUGCUGGAUCCAAUGUUCCAUCUGAGAGGCGUGUCUCAUCGGAAAAGUGUGCAGAGCUGACUAUUAUUGCUGCAACCCAUGGCUUAAAGGAAGUUUGGAUAUCAAAUCAGCCUGUGCUUGUUGUCAUGUAUCUUGUUCAGUACAUGCCAACUAUUGGUUAUUGGCUCAUGGACAAGGUUGGCCAAAAUCGAGUGGAAGCUGCUGCUAACAAGGGAAGCACUUAUUCUUUGAGCCUUCUGCUUGGUAAAAAGAAGGCAGCAUAAUCCCCAUGGAUGCUAGUUUUUCAAAGAUUUGUAUCGAAUAUAAAAUUGUAGCUCGAGGUUCUCUAUCAAACUGAUUAACACCCUUUCUGACCACUGACAAAAGUGCAGUUAUGGUGUAUCUAGUUGAAUGAUAAAGAUUUGAAAAAUUCCAAGAUGA